AUGGUGGUACGUACACAAAUCUGCAACUUUUCGGGUUUCCGUAUUUACCCUGGCCACGGCUCUACGUUCGUCCGGUCUGACGGCAAAGUGUUUGUUUUCGCCAACUCCAAGUGCAAGUCGUCGUUCCACAUGCGUCGCAAACCUGCGUCUCUGAACUGGACGUACAUCUACAGGCGGUUGCACCGCAAGGGCCAGGAGGAGCAGGAGAAGAGGCGUACUAGGAGGCGCGCUGUAAAGACGGUGCAAAAGCCGGUCGAGGGUGCGUCUAUUGAAGUGCUUCGAGCGAAACGACAAGCCCCGCGGGCGCAAGUGAAAACAGCAGCGCGAGCUGCAGCACUCAAGGAAAUCAAGGCUCGACAGCAAGGUAGUGGUGGUGCUGGCAGCGGCAACAGCAGCGGGGCCGGAGCAAAACCCAAAAAAUAG